UCGAAUAUUCGGAUAUUCGAAUGAUUUUUUUUUUUUUUUGAAAUCAUCAAAUUCGAAUCCAUUAAAAUGUGAUGUUUUCAUACGUUACACGUUACACACGUUACAUGUUGUUUGCAUGAUUGUGUAAAAAAAAAAAAAUUUGGAAUAAAAAUAAUGAUGAGAUGAUGGUUGAAACUGAACAAUUAUUCAAUUGGCUCGAAUUUAUCGAUAGAAUCAUUAAACAUGAUGAUAAAUUCAUUGAAAAUAAUUGUAUAAUUGAUUAUAAGAAUAUUAAAUCAUUAUUGUGUCCAAUUAUUUUUCGUAAUCCACAUUCCAUCGAUAGAUUAUGUAUUGAUUAUAUUGAAAAUGAUGGUAAAUUGUUUGAAAAAUGUUCCAAUAUAAAUCGUAAAGAUUCGAAAAAAUCCAAUCAUUAUCGUUCGAAAGGAAAUAAUAGCUAUGGUCAUGGAUUAUGGAAUCAAUGUCUUCAUUUUUAUAGCCAAUCACUACAGUUUGCUCCAGUAUCAUCAUCAGUUGAUUAUGAAUCCGAAUCAUUACCAUUAGCAUAUGGAAAUCGUUCAGCAGCAAAUUUCAAACUUGGCCGAUAUGAAUCAUCACUUUUUGAUUUACAUAUGGCAAUCAAAUAUGGUUAUGGUAAAUUUAAAUCCGAAAAUAAAUUACGAAAUCGACAAAUUGAAUGUCUAUUACGAUUGAAUCGAAUGGAUGAGGCGAAAAAUAUUUCCAAUGAAUUUGGAAUCGAUUUUGCUGAAUUGAAUUCGAAACCGAUUGAUAAUCAAAUACAAAAAGAAUCUGAAAAAAUGGAAUCUGAAACUAUGGAAUUUCGUGAUAAAAGCAACAGAAUAUUUUCAUCAAAAGUUCGAUUAUCAUGGAAUGAUCAACAUGGUCGUGGUGUUUGGGCUGGUGAUGAAACAAUUAAAUCUGGUGAAAUUGUUCUCAUCGAACGUCCAUAUGUUCAUGUUUUGUUAUCAUUUUUCGAACGUCGCUUUUGUCAUCAUUGUUGCCGACGAUUGUUGGUGGAUGAUCAAUUUGAAAUUUGUCACAACUGUUCCAAUGUAUCAUAUUGUAGCCAUGAAUGUCAAAAAAAUUCCUGGCACGAAUAUCAUCAAUAUGAAUGUUCGAUUCUACCGUUUCUUUGGCAAUUUGGAAUCGGUCAUCUUGUGUAUCGUUUAAUGGCCAAAACAGAUAUAGAUUUGAUUGUCAAUACUUAUCAAACAUUUAUGAAUAAAUCAUAUGAAGAAAUUGAACAAAACUUGGAACCAUUUAUAGAGCCGCCAUCCAAAUCUACAUUACAAUCAUCAACAUAUAGUUCAUUAUUUUCAUUACAAACUCAUCAAAAUCAUACAGAUUCAAUAAAUCUUGUUGCUUAUCGAAUAACGGCAACAAUCAUUAUUGAAUUACUAUUUCGAACUAAUCGAUAUCAAAAUCAAAAUAAUGAUAAUAUGAAUCAAAAAUCAGAUCUAAAACAAAUUCUUAUUAAUGUUUGUUUUCGUCAUCUUUGUCAAACAAUCAUAAAUUCACAUACAAUAAUGGUUCCCAGUGGUGAUCAUGAUGAUGGCCAUUCUAUUACACCGAUAGCAACGGCAUUUUAUCCUUCUUUAUCUUUAUUAAAUCAUAGUUGUGAUCCAAACAUUCAAAUCAAUUAUACAAAUGGAAUCGAAUGUAUUGUACGUACGAAUCGAACAAUUCAAUCAAAUGAACAAAUCUACAAUUGUUAUGGAAUAGAUCAUUGUUUACAUAAUUACAAUGAAAGACAACAAUUAUUGUUGAUCAAUACAUUGUAA